AUGUCCGACGACGAUUCUGACGGUCACGAAGACUCUGACAGUCACGAUGAUUCUGACAGUUCCGACGACUCUGAUGGCUACGAUUCGGACAGCAGUGUUGGGAACGUCGUUAUUACCGAUGACGGCAGGGAUUACGGCACAGCUGUGCACUUUGACGAUCGGGAGAGCGACGACGACACGCUGGACGAGCUCAACUACCGCCGCCACCCAAUGUACCGCGAGUACGCGCCAGUCCUCAAUGCGUAUCGGCCAUUCGGCUACGUCGGCAUUCUGCACAAGCGCAAUCCCGCGACAGACCCGUUGUGGAACAGCAUCCGCGAGGCUGGCUUCGACCCGGAGGAGUGGGUGAUUUCCAUGCUAAAGUGCCAGCGACCGGUCCCGACCCAGCUGAAGCAGGGCCCUGCUGCUGCUGCUGCUGCACCCGAGGCUGCCUCAUCACAGUCAGAGAAGGCUCCCACGCCAUGGGCGCUCGCAGUCGCAGAAGCCGCCAAAGCAGGCGUGCUGCCUGGCGCAUCGUGCUCCAUCUCAGAAGCGACGACCGCGCGUGCAUCGUCCAGCUCGGGCUCCAGCACCGGCGUCGAGACGGCCGAUUCCAAUCGAGCCCCUCUGUCUUUUUGGUGGGACAUUUUUGAUGGAUCUGAAGACUUUCCCCUGGAUGACUUUAUCCAAAACCACCCUGUGAACCGCGAGCCCGACUUUAAUCCACUGGACGCGAGCCCCGAGUUUAACUGGGCAGUUGGGCGUCGUCUGCUUCCUUCGUUCGUGGCACCCAAAUCGGCCGAGCGUGUGCGCUUCUCGCAUCGAGGAGUCGCCAUCGCCACCAAGUCCCGCUUUGUGCGACGCUGCCUGCGGCGUGCCGAGCGCAAUGCUUCUAGCAUUUUCAUGGUCGAUGAAGCCACAGCAACCUCGUGCUCAAUCAACCAGUCCAACAUCGACCGUCUCACGUUUCAUGGAGACCUGCUGCGCGACCCGACACUGCAGAUGGACUUGGUUGCGACUGGUGUGCCUCUGAAAGCGAAACUCCGCUGGGACUCGCGAAAGUAUUUCGCGUCAUUCGCCAGCGGCACUGGCAAUGCUCAGACUGGCUGGGUGAUGCACUCGCGCCGCUACACUCGGUUCUUGAAUGACAUUGAGAGCCCGCUUGCGACUGGCUCCAUUGUAGAGCUGUUUGACGCACUCGAGGCUAUUCGGGUUGGUCGGUACAGCCACGGAGACUAUGACAAACUGGAAAAGGCCUUGGAGAGUCGUGCUGUGGACUGGGAGAAUUUUUGGAACCCCUCCGCUGUGUGGAUUAUGAUGUUUCGAUAUUGGAUUUUCGUCGAGCGCGUACAACCACUGGCAUGGGUUGUUGAGCACAGUGCUAAGACCAACAUUGACAUGCUUCGAUACUGUUUGAGGAAUCACUACGAGGACAUGCAUGGUGAUCGCGAGGGUCUGCUGGCUUACUGGCUGAUCUACCACGUCAAUCGCCGCAAACCGAAUGCUUGGAACUGUGUCACGCUCGUCUUGGAGUGGCUGUAUCCCGAGCGCAAGCCUGUGUCCUACGACUGCGUGCAUCCGCCACGGCCCGCGGGUCCGACGGUUUACGACAAGUUUGGCGUGACCGAGGAGGCUGAAGAAGUCGUUUGCGGUGUUCCUUUUGGGUACUAUGCCGAUUGGUUCAAGGAGGCGGCGGGGUGGGAUAUGGCACCUGUGCUCGAGUGGCUACCUGAACUUGGCCAGCAGAACUUCAUUGACAGACCGACACUGUACUUUUCGAAUUGGCUCUACCAGUUUGAGCUUGCAGGCUUUCGUACUUUGCCUGCUUUCGGUUCUAGUUGGUCCGGCGAUGCUCAUCCAUUUGCCUUGGCGGCGAGUCGACGCUUGGUUGUGGGAUGCCUGCUCGCGUGGGGACACUCUCCUUCGAAAUGCCUCGAUUUCGUGUCAUCAGCAUCAUCACAUCUUUUCUGGCCUACUGUCAAGCAUCCCUAUGACCGAGCACUUGAAAAGGAGUGGGCUCGCUUGUCUGACCGAGUGGACGCAACCAACCAGAAAACUCUCAAGCAGAUUCUGCAAAUGGCCGAGCAAGCGCAGCCUUUGAGACUUUCCUCGCUGUGCCGACUCAAGCUGUGGCGACACGAAGGGAGCGAGGCAGCAGUUGCCAAAGCGCUCGGUGUCAGCAACAUUGAUGCGCUUCUUGGACUCGUCCCACCCGUCCCGCAGCCCGAUCUGCGCGUACCUGAAGAUGUCGCGCAGUUUGUGUUGGACAUGCCUCUUGCUCGUCAUUUGCAGCGUGUUCCCGCGUAUCAUGAUAAGAUCUGA